UUAUAAUAUAAAUAGGGAGAGACCCCACCGUGAAAGAUAUACAAUCUAAUUGUGCUUCACUCAACACAAGUCCAAUUGAUAUUGUCUUAACCAUUAGAAUGUAUGAGAUAUGUUUUGUAGGUGAAUUCAAAGUGGAUAAUCCGAAUCACCUAAUCCGAAUAACAAUGUUUAUCCAACUAAAUUCACACAUCAACAUCCAUCUUCACAUUGUUUUGGUUGAAAAUCAAUGUAACCAACUCACAUCCCUAUUGCAAUGUAGCCUCAUCAUUAAAAAAAGGGGAAAAAAAGUGAAGCAAGCAUGUUAAUUAUUUCUUAAAUGAGACGCUAGAUAGGGCAAGAUAGCUAGGAAGUGACAAAAGCAUCAUUUUCUAGAAUUGGUUUUUUUAUUAUUUAAAUAAAGACAUCACAUAAUUACCUCUCUAUCCCAAUUCCAAUUUACCCUUUUCUGUGAGCUAUGGGUCUAAGUCUAAGGCCAUAAUUUCAACGUUAAAAAGCAAUAAAACUUUUUGGUAAUUUUCAGAAACCGAUAACAAAAGGCAUCGUGGCAACUCACGAUUGGUCAGAUCCUGUAAUAAAAAGACACCAAAAGGCCAAAACUACUUCUACUUGGUGUACACGUUAAGAAGAGUCCACAUCAUGAUUUUUAACAGACUUCCCACUUUUUCCCCUAAAGGUUUCACCGGACGACGGCGGAGCCGACGGCGCCGAUAGCGACGGCGGCAGCAACUUGGGGGGUUUUGUUUUGUUUUGCCUUGCCGCUGAUGCUGUUAAAAUAAUAAUAAGAGUCACACAGAGCUUGAGCCCACUCGGUCUACUACUAACUUUUAUUUUCCCAAUGCCCUCUCUGUCCUCUAUUCUUUGCCCAUUUGUUCUUUCAAGUCUCUUCGUUACUUUUGUUUUCACUCUCUCUCUCUCUCUCUCUCUCUAAAAGCUCAAGAUCUGGCCUCUCUCUCUCUCAUGGUAGUUGUUGCUUUCGUUGCCAAUCAAUUUCUUUAGGAUCUAAAAGAGAAAGCUGCUGAGAUUCAGAGAAGAAAUGGAGAUUUUGUGCUGAGGUCAGAUGAUUGAAUAGGAAAUGGGGAAGAGGGGGGGCUGGUUUUCUGCUGUGAAGAAAGCAUUUGCUCCUGAAUCUAAGGAAAAGAAAGAUCAGAAAACCAACAAAUCAAAGAAAAGAUGGUUUGGGAAGCCAAAGAAAUUGGAGACAGUGGCAUCUGCAGAGCCAGCUUCAUUGGAUGUGUCUGUUCUACCAAUUGAAGAGGUGAAACUAGCAGAUGCAGAGAAUGAACAGAGCAAACAUGCUUACUCUGUUGCCAUUGCCACUGCAGUCGCUGCCGAGGCAGCUGUUGCAGCCGCCCAGGCUGCGGCGGAGGUCGUUCGGCUCACUACCAUCCCUCGUUACUCCGGGAAAUCAAAGGAAGAAAUAGCAGCCAUCAAGAUCCAGACUGCAUUCCGUGGCUAUAUGGCAAGGAGGGCCCUGCGGGCAUUAAGAGGGCUGGUGAGGCUAAAGUCAUUGAUACAAGGCCAAUCUGUUAAAAGACAAGCAACAACCACAUUAAGAUGCAUGCAGACUCUUGCUCGUGUGCAGUCACAGAUUCGUGCAAGAAGAAUUAGAAUGUCAGAGGAGAAUCAGGCUCUUCAGAGGCAGCUCCAACAAAAACAUGAAAGAGAGCUUGAGAGAUUAACUUCUUCUGCAAACAAUGAAUGGAAUGACAGUACCAAAUCGAAGGAGCAAAUUGAAGCUAGAUUAGUUAAUAGGCAAGAAGCAGCAACAAGAAGAGAAAGGGCAUUGGCGUAUGCUUACUCUCAUCAGAAUUCAUGGAAGAAUUCUUCAAAAUCUGCAAACCCUACAUUCAUGGACCCGAACAACCCCCGCUGGGGAUGGAGUUGGUUAGAACGAUGGAUGGCCGCUCGUCCAUGGGAGACUAAGAGCACCGUCGAUUAUCACGAGCGUGGCUCCGUCAAGAGCGUGAUCAGCCAUACAACUUCGAUCGGAGACAUCGCCAAAGCUUACGCCCGUCGCGAUCUCAAUCUCGACAUCAAGCCUUUUCCAAGGACUCCUACGAGCCAAAAAACGAGCCGAGCUCCGAGUCACCAAUCGCCGGCGACUCCCACGAAGGCGCAUUCAUCUCUAUCUGCAGGGAGAAAAUUGAAGCCGGAUAGUCCAAGAGGAAUCAACUGGGGCGGAGACGCCGAUUCCAGAAGCGCAUUGAGCGUCAAAUCCGAGCGGUAUCGGCGACACAGCAUCGCCGGAUCAUCGGUGAGAGAUGAUGAAAGCUUCACGAGUUCGCCAUCGGUUCCAAGCUACAUGGCGUCCACAGAAGCAGCCAGGGCUAGAUCCCGGUUGUCGAGUCCAAGGGGAACGGAGAAAACGGCGGCGAUUCUAGAGAAGGGACCGGCGAUUAUCGGCGCAAAGAAACGGCUGUCGUUCCCCGGCUCGCCGGCGAACUCGAGGAGGCACUCUGAUCCAGCGAAAAUAGACGCUAGUCCGAUCAAGAAUGUGGCAGAGAGAGAUUUUACCGGCGAGAGCAGAUAGUUGAAGAAGAUGAUGGAUUUAGUAGUGAUUUUUAUUUUUAAUCAUCGUUUUUAUUCUAUUUUAUUUUAUUUUUAAUUUUUUAGCUACGGUCGUUUUUUUUUUUUUUUUGGUUUGAAGGCAGGAAAAUGGUGAAUAAAAAGUAGAUUUUCUGUUUUUAUGUAAAUGGAAUUGGGGUUUGUUUGGGUGUGAUUUUUUUUAGGUAUAUAAUUUGACAACAUUGUUGUUUUCAAAUA